CAUUGCAAUCAGACAGGGGGUAAUUAUUCAAAUCCCAUAUUAAUGGCUCGCUGUCGCGGACGGUCUCUGGUGUUCUCCUGUAACUGGAUGCGCAAAACGGACAGGUCGCACUAUUUGUUUCAAGUUCCCGUUACUCUUCCCCCUCUCAACUGUAUCCGCCGCCUCGAGCGCUGCCGCCGGACAGAUGGCGGCUCGAGGUAAUCUCUUUAACUCCGCGUGGACCGGAUGACAGAGGCGCAGCGGCGUGGAGCGGCGCAGGCUCGCGCCCGAGCAACAAGUUGAGUGUUUGUUGACGCGGCACUUGCGAUGGGGACGGCGCCUGAUCGUGCUGGGAAUCGACUGCCGCCGCAGAUUGUGAAAUCCUACCCAUCAUGCGAAGGCUUUGGUUGUGGUUUGUGUGUGUGUGAGUGAGUGUGUGUGUGUGUGUGUGUGUGAGGGCAGUGUAACAGAGAGCUAAGCUUCGUAGCCUCACCCCAGGGGGAACUGGCCUGUAAAAAAAAAUGUCCCUGUAACCCUGGAACCAUGAAACCAUGACAGUCAUCACUUAUUCAAGCGCUGCCGGAAGGUUUCAGAAAGAAAUCCAGGUUCUUGAACAUCCCUCUGCCCCCAGGAAUGUUCCAGGAUCCCGGUCUGGGAUUCAAGAACCUUUGGGCGCGCUGGAUCCCUGGGAAAAUCUCGAAUCAUGUGGGGUCAAAGGCCAGAGAUGGACUAGAGCAAGGGAAGACCAGAAAAGCGAGGCAGAAGUGAAGACAGGACAUUUGCAAAGGAGAAGGCAAAUGUGGAGCAGAGGGGUCGGGAGACAGAGGAUGAAGAGAGGAGGGACAGAGGAGAGGAGGGCAAUUAGAAAAGAUUCCAAAAGAAGUGGCCAAAACGGAGUAAGAGAGAAGGACAAGAGCACGGCGGAUGUAUCGGGGAUUCUGUCAGCUGCAGAAACAGAGGGUGAGAUCAAGCAUUGGGAGAGUAUGACAAGGACAAGAAAGAGCUGGCCUGUCUCCCUGUGGACGUUCGUCCUGAAAAGGAUUACAGGAGAAAAGGUGAAGGGAGAGAACUAUGUCAUGGGGAUGAGGUGGCAUCAUAUCUUCUUCUGGUUGGCUCUGCUCCUCCUCGGCCUGUGUCUGGAACCCGCUUCAUCACAGGGACAUUUCCCGCGCAUGGAGAACAUCGCUGCCUUCAAGCCCGUGUCCACCUCUCCACCUCGUUCCACCUGCGGUGUUCCAGAGCGGAGCAGUUACUGUCAGUCAGCGUCCUCCCAGGCUGAGCUACUGACAUGUUAUCAAGCCUUCUGUAUCCAGGAGUGUCCCUACAGGUCCUCCACACCUCCAUAUGCCCCACUGCUGCUCCCUGCACACUGGGGAACCUGUGUGACUGAAGACGGUAACGACACCCGUCCCGGGACCCAGACAGACACUGGCACCACUUCCGAUUCAGAGAAUGUUUCUGGUGGAUCCAGCAGUUUGCUGUUUCAGCCAGUCCGCAAUGGAUGCCUGGUCUCUCCCCCCUCACAGAGACUGGGAGCAGUGGGUUCGCUCACCCUGGCAUUGUGGAUGAAACCAAGCUCUCCUGGAGAGAUGAUGCUGCUGGAGAAGAGCCUAGGAGAGCGGCUGCUUUUUUCUGUGACCGUGUCUGAGCAGGUGGUCACUCUGCGGUACGUUCAGUCCAGAAGUCAGACGACUCUGACCGUCCACUUCAGGGCAGAGGGCCGGCUCGCACUGGAGAGGUGGACACACCUUGUUUUGCAGGUCCAUGACAGACGUGUCAGUCUGUUCCUGGAUGGACUUGAGGAGGAUGGGACGCCAUUUGGGACACGAUCUCUGGCUUCCAGACUCUUUGAUGCCAGUGAGGAUGGUGCCAUGAGGGUGGGACUCAGCUCGAAUGGGUCUAAUCAGUUCAUCGGGCGGAUGCGGGACUUUAGAUUUUAUCCUGCCACUCUGACCAACAGGGAAAUUGUGGAGUUGUACUCAGGAGUCCUGCCUGAGCUCCAUGUCCAGUCAGAGUGCCGCUGUCCCCCCAGUCACCCCCGAGUUCACCCUUUAGUCGAGAGAUACUGCAUCCCCAACGCUGUUGAGGACACCACCAAUGACAGGGUCUUGAGACUGAACCUUAACGCCCAUCCGCUCAGUUAUAUCAAUGAUCAGGACAUGGGCACCGCAUGGAUUUCUAAGAUCAUGACCACACAGGAGCUGGAUGAAGGAGUCACAAUUACAGUAGAUUUGUCUAAUGGACAAUACCAGAUAUUCUAUGUCAUAGUUCAGUUCGGCGCCCUCCUGCCUGAAUCAGUUCUGAUCCAAAGGCGGAGGAUUGACCUCGCAGAACCUGAGAGUGGCGCCACCACAGAGCGGCCUUGGUUAGACUGGCAGUACAUGGCCAGGAACUGCAGUGUGUUUGACAUGAAGAACAACGGGCCUUUACUGACACCAGACUCGGUCAACUGUCUGCAGUUGCCCAGCGAUGUGCCCUUCUUGGGGGGUAACAUCACAUUCAGCCUGUUGACCCCGCAGCCAAACCGGAGACCAGGCUACAAUGACUUCUACAACACUCCUGCCCUGCAGAGAAUGGUACAUGCCACGCAGGUCAGGGUACGUCUGAGGGGACAAUACCACACUGGAGAGGCUGGUGUGAGCCGGCGACACAGAUACUAUGCCAUCAACGAGAUCACCAUCAGUGGCAGAUGUGAGUGUCACGGCCAUGCAGACCACUGUGAUACCAGCGUCACGCCUUACCGCUGCCUGUGCCUGCCUGAGAGCCACACGGAGGGAAACAAUUGUCAGGGCUGUGCCCCCCUCUACAAUGACAAGCCAUUCAGGUCAGGUGACCAGCUCCAGCCUAUGAACUGCCGGCCUUGCCACUGCCAUGGCCACGCCCUCUCCUGUCAUUAUGACGUCCGAGCCGACGACCGACCAGAUGAGCAUUAUCGAGGAGGAGGUGGCGUCUGUGACGGCUGCAUGCACAACACCACAGGUAGGAACUGCGAGCUGUGUAUACGUGGGUUAUUCAGGCUCGAGGAAUCUGAUCCCACUUCAGUUGACGUUUGUCGGCCCUGUAACUGUCACACUGCCGGGACAGUCGACGGCAGCAUGGAGUGCUCCCAGGUAGGGGGUCAGUGUCGGUGUAAGGUUGCAGUAACAGGCCGCCGCUGCGCGGGCUGUUUGCCUGGCUGGUAUGGUCUUACAGCCUCAAACCCAAAUGGCUGCAUCCGCUGUAACUGCAGUGACAGCGGCAUCGUCAGCAUCUCGGCAGCGGCAGUUCCCAGCUGCAGCCAGGACACGGGACAGUGCCAAUGUAAACCCCAUGUCACAGGUCUUUCCUGUGACCGCUGUGAGUUCGGUUAUUGGAACCUGUCCCACCCAGACGGCUGUGUCCCAUGUGACUGCGACCCCAUGGGUUCCCUCAGCCAGUUCUGUGAACCUGAGCGGGGGCAGUGUGAGUGUAAGCCCGAGGUCGGGGGGCUGCGCUGCGACUCGUGCGGCAGCGGUUCGUAUGGUUUGAGACUGGAGGGAUCUUGUGCUCCCUGCAACUGCUCACAAGAGGGGACAGUGCCUGGGACAGACUGUGAUCCUCACACGGGACAGUGUGUGUGUAAGAAACACGCGGAAGGCCGCCGCUGUGACUCUUGUCAUCAUGGUUACCACACACUGGAGCAUCGAAACUCCCUGGGCUGCCUACCGUGUGCGUGUGACGUCAGUGGUACUGUGCCAGCGGGUGUAUGCGACAUGUGGACCGGACAAUGCCCGUGUCGAGACGGGGUGGAGGGAGCACAGUGCACCAACUGUGCCCAAAACUACUACAACAGGAGUUCAGACCUCCAGAACGGGUUGUUCCAGGGCUGUGUACCAUGUGUCUGUGACCCCAGAGGAACUGUGGCACAAACUGUGUGUGACAGCACCACAGGGCAAUGUGUUUGUGUCCCAACACGCCAUGGACAGGACUGCAGUAGCUGCCGACCUGGCUUCUACCUCUCUGCAGAUCAGAGAGUGUGUGAAGAGUGUGACUGCCAUCCCAUGGGAGCAUCGCAGCGUGGCUGUGAGAGCCAGACGGGACAGUGUGUGUGUGCCCAUCCCUCGGUGGGAGGGCGACGCUGUGACCAGUGUCGCAAGAUGUUCUUCGGAUUCAACCCUGGCUUGGGCAGAUGUCAGCCGUGUGCAUGUGACCCAGUGGGCAGUGUCAAUGGUUUGUGCCACCCAGACUCAGGGGUGUGUGUGUGUAAGCUGCUGGUAACUGGAGACAAAUGUGAUGCAUGUCAACCUGGAGCGAGUCAUUUUCACCCUCAGAACCAGUUUGGCUGCAGUAAAGCUCCUUCUCAGCAGCCUGCACCAGUAGGUUUUGCUCUCAGUCAUUCCUCCAUUCAGCUUUCUUGGCAUCCACCUGACUCCCCGAAUUCAAACAGACUCAACUACACACUUAUCAGAGAUGGACAGUCAGUGUACAGCACCCAAAGUCACUAUCCUUUCAGCCCUGAAUCGUUUGAAGACACCAAUCUGUCGCCCUUCGCCGGCUACUCCUACUGGCUCAUAACCGCUAAUGUAGCCGGUGCGACAAUAAGUUCAUCGGCCUCGUUCCAGACCUUGGGUGCACCACCUGAAGCUGACCAGCUCCAUCUUAACCUUGUGGGACGACCAGGUCCUACCACAGCUAGCUUCAACUGGAGCACGCCACGAAAUGAUACAGGCCCAGUGGAAAGGUUUGUGUUGUCCUCCACCGAUUCAUCUAGUGCAGAGCCCAUCGUUCACUACACAGGCUUAUCUACAGAGGCUGUGGCCAGUGGUCUAAAGCCCUUUACCCAGUACAUUGGAAUACUGGAGGCAUGCUCUUCUGGGGGUUGCACUUCUACCCCACCACUGUCUUUCUUGACAGCCUCUGCCCCCCCACAAAACCAACCUCCACCCAGAGUCACUGCUACAGGACCUCAUACACUGCAUGCUUCCUGGCACCCCCCUAGUCAGUCUAAUGGUGUUAUCACAAGGUAUCAGGUCUUCCUUCGUGGACCAAUGGAAACACAAAAUCUUUCAAGUACAGCAGUUGAGGAAAAAGUGUUCUCCAGCUCUGGUUGGCUGGAUCCAAGUGUUUCCCCAGAGACUCAGCUCACCAACAUGAGCACAUUGUCACCCCCUGAGAGCAACACGGUUGUAGCAGGUCUGCAAGCAUUUUCCACCUAUCAGAUGAGAGUUGAAAGCAUCAAUGUGGCAGGAAGCGUCACAUCAGGGUGGACCACAGCACGCACCAUGGAGGGAGUCCCAGAGUUGAUGGCUCCUCCAAAAGUGUCUGCACUGUCGUCCACCAGUCUCAACGUCUCCUGGAGCUCUGCUGAGGGUCAAGGGGUCAUGGCCAGAGGACAAGUGACAGAAUAUCGAGUCAACUUACUCACUGAGCAAACCAACAAUCCCUACGCUCCACCGGUGGUUAGUCAGGUCUUGCAUAGGGUGGGGCCAUCAUCACAGCCUGUAUAUAUAGUGAAAGGACUGAAGCCUUACCAUGUGUACAACUUCACUGUUACAAUCUGCACUAAGAAAGGCUGCAUUGCCAGUUUGCCAAGCACAGGACGAACCCUACCAGCAGCUCCAACAGGACUGUCUCCACCUCGAUUACUUCCAGUAAAUGAAACCACCAUGAGGAUUGACUGGGAUCCCCCAGUCCAACUCAAUGGACCAUACCCACUAUAUCAGGUGGAGAGGACAGAUGUCUCUCUCUCUGACCCACAACUUCCUGUCAUCAGAGGAACCAGAUUCCCCGGAAACAGUUACUACCAGUUUCCUAGUGACACUCUUCCUGUCAAUAUUGACUUCACAGGUAUCGAGUUGAGUUUCAAGACGCGGUCUCCGGACGGCCUGCUUCUCUGUGCCUUCUCUCCUGGAGAUCAGGAAGAGUUCCUGGCUGUGCAGAUCAAAAACGGACGCCCUUACUUUUUGUUUGACCCACAGGGCUCAGCAGUGGCUGUGAGUGUGCAGGGUGAUGGAGGGCGACACUACAAUGAUGGACAGUGGCACAGCAUCAUAGCAACGAGGCGAGGGGCCGUGGGAACAAUCGUUGUAAACAAUCAAUAUAGAGGAAGUGCGCCAGCCUUCAGCGGCAGCACCAUUAUUGGCGACAACACGGGGGUGUUCAUUGGAGGACUGCCUGAAGACUUUACUCUGCUAAGAGAUGAUGCAGGUGAUGCCCGGCUGGUGCAGCAGAGUUUUUCUGGUUGCCUCAGAGACGUGAGUUUUAAGAUGACGGACAGCCCCUCAGAAGAAUGGACGUCUCUGGACUGGGCAAAAGCCACAAAGAAAGUGGCAGCGCAUGAAAACUGGGAGGGGUGUCCCGUUCAAACUGUGGAUGGGGCCCAUUUUCUGGGCCAUGGUUACUUGGAGCUUGGCAAAGAUGUAUUCGGUGGAGGACAGGACUUUGACAUCUCUAUGGAUUUCAGAACAGAUCAGCUCAAUGCACUUUUGCUCUUUACAUACAACACACAAACCGAAGACUACAUGCUGGUGGAGCUGGAGGCCGGCCUCCUGUCCUUCCUUCUUGCCUGCGAAGGUCAUGUGACUGAACUCAGCAUGUGGGUGGGGCUUAGCUACUGCGACGGACACUGGAAACAGUUGUCAUUGGCGAAACGCGGCUCACUCAUCUCUGCUGCAGUCAAUGACUGGGCAGAAGAAACGAGGGGAGUGGGAGGGGCCGCGAGGCUGAGCGUUGAUUCUCCCUUGUACUUGGGGGGCGCGCCCACGGAGCUCAUCCAUCCUGCUCUGGACAGCCGAAGUCACAAACACGGCCUAGGAGGUUGCAUAAGGGGUCUUACUAUACGAAGUGAUGGAACAAAGCCUCCUGCCAGUCAAAGUGUUAAUCUCUCCGUAGCCUCCCGCCGUUCCGUUAGAGUCUACCUCGACGGCUGCCCCACGGCUGAAAGCCGGUACAACUGCAGAGGAAACGAUUCGGUGUUGGUGUACAAUGGGAGAGAGACACAGGCCACAGAUUAUGGUCUGCAGCCUUUCACUGAGUACUUGUACAGGUUUGUGGCCUCGGCUGCAGGAGGUUGGGCAGCAGGACCUUGGCAGAGAGGACGCAGCCGAGGCAGAGCACCGAGGCUUGUGCCGCCUCCCACCACAGUGCAGAGCUUGAAUGGUUUCAGUGCCAAGGUGAGCUGGGUGCCCCCCACUGGGGACAUCAGAGGGCCGAUUGACCGAUACGAGUUAAAGGCCUACAGCAGAGACCAGUCGGAUGCACCACCUAUCAAGGCCGUGUACCUGGCUAAUGGAAAUUUCACAGGUGUGUUGUCGGGUCUAACACCGUCCACCCGAUACAUUGUCACUGUAAGUGCCUGUAGCCCUGUCGGUUGCACCGAGAGCCUUCGCCAUGACAGAGGUGGUGAUUAUGAUUCAAGGUGGAGCAUCGCAACCCCAGAGGAAGCUCCAGAUGCUGUUUCCACUCCAGCUGCGGUUCCAUCGCCCUCAGCUCUCUAUGUAACCUGGGAACCUCCAGCAAGGCCCAAUGGAGGCAUUACAGAGUACCUCCUCUAUCACAACAACCAAAUGGUCUACAGGGGGAAAGACAGACAGCGCAGCAUCACUGGUCUUGGUGUGUACUCCACCCACGUCUUCCUACUGAGUGCGUGCACUUCAGUGGGCUGCACUAACAGUUCACAAGUUACAAUGGUGACCUCUCAGCUUCCUCCCGGGCCUCUACAAGCCCCGAAUCUUACCCUUCUCGACUCGAGGACUAUUCUGGUGGAGUGGACCCGGCCCUCUCAAGUCAAUGGCAUCUUGGAGUUCUAUUCCAUCUUCCUGUCACAUGAUGGUGCUCGGCCUGUGCUGGCCUAUAACAGCACAGAACUUUUUGAAGACCACACACUUCGUGACCUAACCCCUGGGACAACUUAUACCAUCACACUGGCUGCCUGCACAGGAGGUGGGUGUACCUUUAGCCCUCCCAGCCAGGCCCAGACUGAGGAGAGCACCCCAGAGAAUGUCCCUGCACCGCUGGUCACCCCUUUGUCCCCAUAUGCACUCAACAUCAGCUGGACACCUCCUCACACUCCAAAUGGCAUUAUAACCAGCUUUGGUGUCUGGCUGGAUGGAGUUCUCAUUGUAAACUCCAGUUCUUCCCAGAGGUUCUUUGUGGUGGAGGAUCUCCCUCCCUGGAGCCGACACUUACUCAGGCUGCAGGCCUGUACUGCACAGGGCUGCGGCAAGGGACCAAUGGUGGAGAUGCGUACUUUAGAGAUGGCCCCAGAAGGCCCUAUACUGCUGGAACUGACCAAUCAGAGCUCUCAAUCAGUCCGAGCCCGCUGGACAGCCCCUCCCAGACCAAAUGGGAACCUCAACUACACACUGUACUACAAAAGCAUAGAUGGAGAUGGAAGGUUAGAUGGAAGCACAGCAGUUGGCAGCUGGUUGUCUGUGACUGACCUACAGCCAUACACCAACUACAGCUUGUGGAUCAGAGGAUGUAACACACAAGGUUGUGUUGAGAGCCUGCCCCUCAGUGUCACCACGCCUCCAGCAGCCCCAGAUGGGUUGCUACCUCCGAGGUUGGCACAUGCAUCUACAGCCAGUCUGAAUGUAUCCUGGUAUCCUCCAGCUCACUCCAAUGCACCAGGCCCGCUCCGCUACAGCCUGCAAAUGAGGACAUCCCCACAGAGGCCAGUGAUAAGGCUUCUGGAAAAUGCAACAGACACCUUUUCCUACCACGUAGAGGACCUGACGCCGUACACGCAGUACCUGUUUAGAGUGGUGGUCUCACACGCACAUGGGCAGACAGCCGGGCCCUGGGCAACACUGCACACUGCAGAGGACAGCCCAGGACCAGUGGACAGCCCAACUGUAUCAGGCUUUCAUCCUCGAAGUGUAACAGUUACCUGGGUUCCUCCCUCACAAACAAAUGGCAUUAUCAACAAUUACACCCUCUAUCUUUGGCCCAGCUCUAUAUCUCCUUUAGAUUCCAAACCCAGCUCAGUCUCCAGCACCAGCACAACUCUCAACUCCAACCUAUUGCCCAGCACUGAGGUUGCGUACCUCAACACAGGUCAAAGCCUCAGGCCAACAUCCAGUCUUACCUCCCCUGACUCAAGCAACAUAUCCAUGUCUACUUUCAACACAGACAUUAAUAGCAACUCAAGCUCAAUCCAAGGCGCUAGACCCAACGUCGUCCCCAAGCCCUUUUCUAGCUUGAGGCCUGUUCUUGCAGAAGACAACCAUUUUAAAUCUUCUCGUGAAAGCAAUACAAGCCAAGGCCCCGUCCUUUUACUGCAUAGCCCGGACUACAAUGCAACCAACUCCAACACUGAACAUUUUACAAUACGAGAUCCCUUCCGCAACCCCAUCUCCAGUCCCCUUAGUGCAGCUUCAGAUUUAAGUUCAUUCCCUCAGUCAGUCACUGUUCCAGGGAACACCACCAGCUACACUGUCCUUGAUCUGCUGCCAUACCACACCUACGGCCUUCAGGUGGAAGCCUGCACCAGUGUGGGUUGUUCCUUGUCUGGGAUGUCACAGCGUUUUCGUACCCUACCAGCUCCUCCUGAAGGAGUUCCUGCACCUCACCUCUACUCUGACACCCCAACCUCUGUGCUCUUGUCCUGGGGUGCACCUGAGCGGAGCAAUGGGCCACUGGAUCGAUGGCUGAUUGAGCGUAGAGUCACUGGGACCAAACAAGUCUCCACAGUGGGCCAUCUCCUACCAGAGUCUCCACCUCUUUCCUUCCUGGAUACUUCAUCAGCUCUGAGUCCCUGGACCAGCUACCAGUAUCGACUUGUGCUCCAUAACCAGGCUGGCAACACCACGGGACCCUGGGUCAGCAUCACCACCAGACCUUCUCGGCCAGCUGGUUUCAGUCCACCAAGAGUAAAGGUUUUGGGACCAGACUCAUUUCAAGUCACAUGGUCUCCCCCUCUAAUUCCUAAUGGAGAAAUUCGUGGCUAUGAGAUCCGCCUCCCAGAACCCCGUGUAAACCAUGAAAGUGGCAACGCAUCUGAGCUCACCAUCACAGUGACGGACCUCAUUCCAUACACAAACUACAGUAUUACUGUGUUGGCGUGUUCCGAGGGUGGUGGACAUGUUGGAGGAUGCACAGAAAGCUUGCCUACUCCAGCUACCACGCUGCCCGCAACUCCUCAAGGCCUCGCACCACUGUCAGCGGUGGCAGUGAGUGAAUCGUUCCUAGCCAUUUCCUGGCAGCCACCGAGCAGGCCCAAUGGACCUAACAUCAGAUACAAGUUGCUCAGACGUAAAACCCACCAGCCGCUGGCCAUCGCCACGGUCCCCACAGUUACAGCCACGUCCCCUCCCCCCCCUGAAGAUCUCCAUCACUGGCUCCAUGUUUACUCCGGCACCAAAUUGUUCUACCAAGAUAAAGGCCUAAGCAGAUUCACCCGUUACGAGUACCAGUUAGUGGUCCACAAUGAUGUGGGCUCCUCCUCGGGAGAGACUGUAGCUGCCGUGACCAUGGCGGGGGUUCCCCUCCACCCUCCGUCUCUGUCUGCUCAUGCUAUCAAUCACACUGCAGUGCAGGUCAACUGGACGCCACCCUCGUUGCAGGACCUGCAGGGAGCGGUGGAAUCUUUCUUUCUCACACUAGAGUCUCUCCAGUCAAGUCAAGUCUUGACUCUACCCCCUGACAUCAACUCCACAGUUAUUUGUGACCUUUGGCCCAGUACCACAUAUCUGGUGUCUUUACAUGUGUCCAACGGGGCACAUAACACAACCAAGGCAGAAGUUAACGUCACCACAGAGGAUGGAGAGCCAGACGGGAUGUCCGCCCCAGAGGUGGUUCCGGUAAAUAGCACCACAGUGCGUGUGCUCUGGCUCCCUCCUCUAAGGCCCAAUGGAGCAGUUACCGCUUACUACAUCUAUGUCAGUGACCGUCUCCAUGGCAGUGCAGACAACAGCUCAGGGUCCUACCUGCUGGGCGACCUGCUGCCUUACACUGUCUAUAACGUACAGGUGAAGGUGUGUACUGUGUAUGCAUGUGUGAGAAGUAAUGUUACUCAGACGACUACUGUGGAGGACCUGCCUGCUGACCUGGGCACGCCGCACGCACACGUGAUCAGUCCCAGGGCGGUGAGGUUGGACUGGUCGCAUCCAGGCAGACCCAGUGGCAUCAUGCUGGGUUACGAGGUUUUAAGACGGACUCUGAGGUCAUGUGCCAGUGGGUCAACGGGGGUCACAUCCUCUGUGGGCGGAAAGUCAGAAGGUGCCGGUGGUUUAAGGUUCAGAUGUUCCUACCUGCAGUGUCCUGCGAGUCAUGAUGUGUGUGGAGCGUCCUGCUUCCAUCCUGACAUACAGGUUUGCUGCAGUGGACUGUUGUACACUAAGAAGCCACAUCAUCAUUGUUGUGAGGGCAGUUAUCUGAGUUUGACUAAUUCCUCCGACCCGGUCUGUUGCGAUGGCAAACUGCUCCCAGCUCUCCCUGACCACCAGUGCUGUGGACGAUACUACGUUCCUGUGAAAAACAAUGAAUACUGCUGUCCUGACCACUCGCAGGGCCGGGUCUCAGUGGGGCUGGGUGACAGCUGCUGUGGGGGGGUUCCUUUCUCCGUGAAAGGCGGCCAGCUCUGCUGCAGUAGGAGCCUGCGUGACGGCUAUGGGGUCCAAUGCUGUGGAGGCCGGAUUGUAGAUGAUACGCUGGUGUGCUGCGGCGAUGCUGAGAGGGGGGAAGUGCAUACAUAUACCCCAGGUUUUGCGUGCUGUGGUCAGGAGCAUAUAAACUCUUCAAUCUCUCUUUGCUGUGUGGACAAAGACGGAUUUCCCACAAUACACCCUGCUGGCAAUGCCACGGUGACACUGCAGUGCUGUGGGUCAGGGGUCAUACACCAGGAAGAGGAAUGCUGCAACGGGAUUGGUUAUGACCCACAAAAACACACGUGUGCCGAUCGACCCACGCCCGGCUUGUCAAUACAGCACCAGUGUUUGCGGGGCGCUCUGUGUCCUGCAGCUGCAGCAUCUACAGCUUACUGUGGCUCCUGUGACCUCGAUCCGUCUGUGGCGGCCUGCACAUGGGUCCCGUCCGCACACACACACCCUGACGCACCCACCACAACGUACCCACCUUCCAUCCACACCGCACAGGAAGCUCUCGCCGCGGGCCCGUCCACAGAUACAAGCACGAGUGAUGACGCGCACAGAAUGGCAGACAUGUACAGUAGCACACGCUCCGAGAACGUGCCCUAUGAGGGAAGCCUGUGCCCGUCGCAUGAGGAGGUGGUGUACAGCGGAGAGGCCAGCAGAUACACCUAUACAGACUUUCACCUGGAGCCCUUCACCACCUAUGAGUACAGAGUAAGGGGCUGGAAUAGCUUUGGACGAGGCUCCAGUGGUGUUACGACAGUCACCACCAGUGAAGACAAACCAUGGGGAGUGGUGCCGCCCCGUUGGAGUCGCCCUGGUGGACGAGAUGACAUCAUCCAGUUGCAAUGGCAAGCACCUGCCAGGCCUAACGGGGUCAUCACCCACGUUGUUAUACUGCGAGAUGGACAAGAGCGUUACCGUGGUGAUGAAAACAGAUUCACUGAUGUGGGUGGGAUCAGGCCUUUCCAGGAAUACAACUACCAGCUGAGGGUCUGUAACCGGGUCGGUUGUACUGACAGUACACAGGUGGUGGCAGCCACGGUCCAGGGGGUCCCAGAGGGCGUGCAGCCUCCAGUGGUAACAGCUUUAAGUCCCUCCUCCCUCCAUGUGAGCUGGUCUGAACCUACUCAUCCCAAUGGAUUCAUACAACGGUACCAACUGAACCGGACAGGUGUUGGAACCAUUGUCACACACACAGCAGGACACAGAAAUUAUACCGUGACUGGUUUGCAGCCGUACACAGACUACAGUUUUCUUCUGGUGGCUUGUACAGCUGUCGGAUGUGGAGCCAGUUUACCUUCCACGGGACGCACCCUGCAAGCCUUGCCUACUGGCGUAUGGUCAAGGCCCAGACACCUGAUAAUAAACACAUCAGCGGUGGAGCUGUACUGGGAUCAGCCGUCCCGGCCUAAUGGACACAUCUCCCAGUACAGACUGCAGAGAGACGGUCACACUGUUUUUACUGGAGACCACCGUGACCAGAAUUACACAGACGCUGGACUGCUGCCAAACCGCAGGUAUGUGUAUGAGCUGGAGGCCAGAACAGGGGGUGGGACUGGUUUCAGUGACGAAUAUGUUGUACAAACUCCAGCUUCAUGCCCCACUGGGAUUCCACUCCCCCACAAUGUGACCGUGUCUGGCCCCCACACCAUCUCCCUUGCCUGGACCCCUCCUGUUCAGCUCAAUAGCAGGCAGCCUGUAAACUACAACAUCCUAUUUAAUCCACGAAGUGACAGAGCCAUAAUCCAUCACGCUGGGCAACACCUGCAGCUCACUGUGACUGGUCUAGAGCCGUUCACCACCUACUUCAUCAGAGUACAGGCCUGUCAGAUUGGGGGGUGUGGAGUAGGAGAGGCCGUUUCAGUCAGGACUCUAGAGACCGCCCCAGAAGGUCUGUCACCUCCCACGAUAGAGGCAGCUGGAGCCAACGUCCUGGAGAUCUAUUGGUUGCCACCCAAAAAACCUAAUGGACUUAUCACCUCCUACGACAUAUACAGGCGUCCAGUAGGAACAGAGGAGGAGCUGCUGGUUUUCAUCUGGUCAAGUGGGCCACUUGAAUUUUUUGAUGCAAGCCCGACGCUGCGGCCCUUCAGCUACUUCCAGUACAGGGUUCAAGCCCACAACCCCAAAGGCUCAGUUCGGAGCCAAUGGGCUUUGGCCCAGACCUUACAGGCAGAACCGCAAGAAAUGGGCCCUCCCACCGUCACACCCACCGGUGCGCACUCAGUCCACCUGAAAUGGAGUGAACCGAGACGGCCCAACGGUCUGAUUUCCCAUUACAGACUGGUUUAUGAGAAGCACCAACAGGACCCGACGCUCAACUCAACUGCUGUUACUGCACUCACUGUGGAGGGUUCAGUCCUCGACGCAGCAGUCUACGGUCUUGAGCCCCACAGCCGGUAUAGUCUACUGGUGGUAGCUGUGAACGGGGCGGGCAGUGUGUCCGGUCCAUGGGCAGGCGUUAGGACCCUGGAGGCUUCCCCGGCUGGUCUGUCUAACUUCACCGUGGAGCAGCGAGAGCAGGGCAGGGCGUUGCUGCUCAGCUGGGAUGAGCCCCGUGCCCCGAAUGGAGUCAUCACGAUGUAUAACUUGUACAGUGAGGGGAACCUGGAGUUCAGCGGCCUGUCGCGCAACUUCCUGUUUCGUCGUCUGGAGCCGUGGACCGCGUAUGCCUUGACUCUGGAAGCUUGUACCUCAGCGGGCUGCACACGCACUCCUCCCCAGCACAUCACUACAGCAGCUGCUCCACCUGCUUCUCAGCCUCCUCCCAAACCUCUCUUCAUUGGCCCAGACCGUGUGUCACUCAGCUGGGGACCCCCCUCUCAGCCCAACGGGCCGGUUGGAGAGUAUGUCUUACUCGGAAGGAGUCUGGAGGACGAGGGGAAGGGAAGAAGUUAUGAAGAGGAAAUUGAAAGGGGAAAGGUGCUCUUCAGAGAAACAUCCCCGCAACAAACUGACACCUUCUCCUAUGUGGUGACUGGUCUGCGUCCCUGGUCUCAGUAUGAGUUCAGUGUCCGCGCUCACAACCCCGCUGGCAACACCAGCAGCCCCUGGGUAACUGUAACAACCCGACAGGCCCCUCCUCGUGGCCUAGCUCCUCCAACAAUGAGUCACCUCCAGGGCCAGCCCAGUCAGCUGCUGGUGUCCUGGACACCUCCGUCGGAGCCCAAUGGGAUAAUUCGGUCCUACAGGAUUCAGAGAAACAAUGUCAGUUUCUCAUUUAGUUUUGACCCCACUGUCCUCACCUACACUGACGAAGACCUCCUGCCGUUUACAACGUAUAGCUACUCAGUCAUAGCAUGUACAUCCGAGGGAUGCAUCACCAGCCCCCGUACGCACAUCACAACCUUAGAGGCUCCGCCUGCCACCGUGGGAGCUCCCACCGUGGACACCGUCACUUCCAACAGGAUGAACAUCUCCUGGAGUAAACCCGUGACGCAGAACGGAGAGGUUACGGAGUAUGUGCUGAAGCUGAACAGCGGGGAGGUUUACCGCGGGAGGGGCCGAAAUGCAGCGCUGUCGGAUCUGCGGCCUCACACGUCAUAUCAGCUGGUGCUGUUGGCGUGUACCAGCGGCGGCUGCACCACCGGCGCCACGGUGUCUGCUGUAACUGAGGAGGCUCCUCCCACCGGCCUGGCUGCCCCGACUCUCAAGGUCACUGGUCCAGAGUCAGUGGAGAUUACCUGGAGACCACCAGAGCACCCCAAUGGCGUCAUCACCGGGUACGAACUCUGCAGGGAUGGAGAAGUUAUCUAUGUUGGCACAGAGACACACUAUCACGACUUCACACUUUUGCCAAACGUGGAAUACAUCUACGUCGUGAGGUCCAACAACAGCAGAGGGACGGUGAGCAGCGCCGCAAACUCAGCAAAGACUCACCCGUCAUCUCCGACUGGUGUCGGUCUCCCCACACUGACGCCUCUGGGACCAAGCCAGGUGAGAGUGGAGUGGGGUUCUCCAGUCCGUCCGAAUGGAGAGAUUGUGAGUUACACUGUGUAUCAGAGAGACCCAGUCCAGGUCAGCGUCAACAGCACCGUGUUCACUCCAAAGGACCGUGCCUUCGCUGACCGACACACCACUCUGCACGGGCUGGCUCCUUCCUACAGGUACGAGUUGAGGGUGGAGGCUUGCACGGCGCUGGGCUGCUCCGCCAGUGACUGGUCAUCUGUCCUCACUCUGGAGGCUCCCCCUGCUGGACAGGCUGCGCCACUGUUGGAGCUACAGCCCGACAGACACACUGGCCUACAGACCACCUUCCUGCUAACCUGGUCGCCUCCAGCUCAGCCGAAUGGUAGAGUCCUGCAUUAUGAGGUGCACCGCAGACUGGACCAUACCACUGAUGCCCCAGGAGGUGAUGGGGCAACGCUUGUCUACAGGAACGUCUCUACUGCAUAUAAAGAUGAAGGACUCCAACCAUACACUCUAUACCAGUACCAGGUGUGGGCAGUGAAUUCGGCUGGUCGUGCUGGCAGUCCCUGGGCCAAUGGGAGGACAGGACCUGCCCCGCCCGAGGGUGUCCACCCACCUAUUUUCCUGCGUGUUUCAGCCACCUCCGCAGUGGUGGACAUCCACGCUCCAGCUCGAGCCAAUGGGAUUGUUAGCCUUUACAGAGUUUUCUCCCUGAACCACAACAACCAGACCCUGCUGUCAGAGGGAACAUCCCAUCAGCAGACACUCCAUGGUUUACUACCUUACACCCAGUACUUGGUGGGAGUCGAGGCCUGCACCUGUUACCAGUGCUGUAGUCGGGGUCCACUGAGUGAGCUCCACACCCCGGCUGCUGCCCCAGCCCACCAGCCCCCUCCUCGUCCCGUCACCCUGACCUCCCGCUCUGUUCAGCUGGACUGGGACGAGCCCCUGGCACCUAAUGGAGUCAUUGAGAGCUGUGAGCUACAUCUCAGAUGGUCUUGCCCGCAGCCCCCCCAGCCCGUGCCCGUCCCUUGCGACGAUGGCCCCGUUGAAAUCUGUUUCUUUGGCAAAAGGCGAAGCUACAAUGUAACAGGUCUGCGACCAUACUCCACCUAUGAGCUGAGAGCUGCCUGCUUCAACAACAUGGGCAGCACUGCCUCCAACUGGACAACUGUAACGACGCUCAGUGAAGCCCCCCAGUACGUGUCUCCUCUCUCAGUGGACAGUAAUCUGACAGUCAUUUGGCUGGACUGGGCGGGGUCCUUCUCCCUCAACGGACACCUGAAGGAGUACAGUGUGACUGAGAGCCAGCUGCGGGUCUACACCGGCUUCUACAGCUUCCUCCGCGUUCCACGCACCUCACAGAAAACUCUGUCAUUUCAGGUGACCUGUACAACGAACAGUGGCAGUGCCAGUACUCCCACCAUCAGAUACAGCCCUGCCACAGGCCUUGGUCCUCCUGAGCCUGAAGACGUAGGUGGACAGAGUGUCAGCAUGUCAGCCACGCCGGUUUACUCCGAGCUGUGGUUCAUCCUGAUGUUGGCACUGCUGGGUCUAUUUCUGUUGGCAGUACUGCUGGGACUAGUGUUACAAAGAGCCCUGAGGAAGAAUCCAUCAGCCAGAGAGCGCCCUCCGCUGGUCACGCUUCAGAAGACCAGGAAGGCUGGGGGAGAGACGUACAUGAAACCCUGUCCUGAGUUGUGCUCUAAGCAUCACCCCGGCUCUGUGCUCCUCGCCAAUCGGCCAACAGGUCUGACAGACACGAAGAUCGUCGGCAGCAGCUCGCGGUUCAACCCCAUGUCUGUCCUGCGGGUGCCCGUCCAAAGAGACCUCGGUCAAGCCUACUCCCAGCAUUCCCUGCACCGCAGCGCCACGCAGCUGAUUGACAAGAAGUCGCUGAGGAUGGAGGAAGGACACUGGGACAUUCCACUGGGAACUGAUUCUGGGCUGUAUGUGGAGGAAGAUGAGUUUGUGGACACCAUCAAGGCCUUACGUUCUGGGAAAAAGGAGCACACCAUGUUCACUGACACUCAUCUUUAAGACAAGAUCCCUACAUCUAGUCAGGUAUCACAGCCACAAUCACACAUGUCGCAGGGUGUUUGCUCAGGACAGACAGGACUUCUAACAGGACUGGGAAGGUUAAAGUUAUUCAUACGAUUUACAAUGCUUGGAAAAUGAUUUAGGAAGUCUUGAAAAGUAUUGGGAAAGAAAUUGUGUCCACCGUUGAUUUAAUUGUGAUUAUGUAAAAGAAAACGAGACACAAAGACCCGAGGAGAAAGAAGUAAUAAAGGUUAUUUUUACUGCAGCGCUCAUGUUAAGAUAUAUUGACACGGUUGUUGUCUCAUUUUAGCCCAUCGUGCGUUUGAUUCCCCGCGGGACCGCGCAGCCUAAAGUUGAGUCAGGCGCCCAACAUCAGUGCACACAGUUCAGAUGGAGUUAGUCAGCGGUGAUUGUGCGGGUCGAGUAAAAAUAAUGACAGAAUAUUAUUAAAAUAUAUCCGCAUCUGCAUAGUAACAAUAAAGUGCGUUACAUCGGAUUAAAAAACCAGAGUAUUCGUACAGCUCAUUGACCGGAUGUUCAGGGUGUGUUAUGAUUCAUUAUUUCUGUUUGCCAACUGUUGGUAGUUUAGUUAUUUAGAAAUAAAUGCAGAAAAGUCAGUGACAGCAGGUGAUUUUCUCACUGAUAACAAUCAAACCUGAAUAGAAAUCAAUCGAUGUCAAAUAUCUCAGUCGCCUCGUCUCCUUCAACAAGCUGCUGUGCCUAGAAAGCUUAAACAUGAUCUGUAGUUGUAACAAGACAAAUGGCCUUUGUGUUAGUUUUAUGACAAAAAAAAAAUGCCAACGGUUUUGUUAUUUUUUAUAAAGCGUUAAAUGUGGCUGGGAAUCACAGAUGUGCCGUCUGACUGUUGUGAUUAUGUGGUGUGACUUGAAAAGCCCAAUAUGACAUUGUCGUGAUCCGUUGUGGACGUACAGUUUACAUUUGCUUUUAGAAGGAAGUGGACAUAAUGAAAUCACAUCAAAUGUCGGUGUUUAGCUGUCAGUGGAAUUCAGAUGUUGUUGUCUGUGACCUGCAGCCUUUUUCAUCCUUGUAUCAGCAAAACAAUCAUCUUAACAUCAUAUAAUUUUUGUGGCAGGAAUGAACUAGUUUGUAUUUUGAUUCCACGGGUUGGGUCUUUUUAUUUUUGAAGCAAACUUAACAUCACAGUUAAAGUAUUGAUCAGGGCAGGAUGUUGAAUUGUUGUGUAAUGUUGAUAGUUUACGUGGUUUUAUGUACAGAAUUGAAGUUGUUAAAGAACAUUUUCUUUUUUUACACUGGCAGUAUUAUUUAUGAAAGUCUUAUUAAUAGAUGGUUUGUGGAUAAAUGUUAUUGUUUUCCUGGGAAAUUAUAAAUAAUGGUCGAGAAAA